AUGGAUGUCAGUGUUCUUGAUCUUGAGGUGGAUGUCAAUGGAGAAGAGAUUUUUGUGGUGGAUAAGAAAGUAAUUUCUUCCUAUUCGGAAAAAAUUAAAAAAAUGGUCAUGAAGUCAAAAGGUCCGACGGGGCGGCUAAAGGUGAUAUUCAACGACUUCCCGGGUGGCGCAUCGAACUUCGAGCUCGUCGCAAGGUUUUGCUACAGCAAUGGCAAAGUGAACAUAAAUCCAUUAAACAUUUCGAAUCUCACUUGUGCCGCCCAUUACAUGGAGAUGAAAAAUUCAGCUUUCGGAACAGAAAACCUCUGCAAGCAGACAGAGAAAGUUCUAGAAGAAGUUUGUUACUGGUCUUGGGAUGAGCUUCUUGUGGCUUUAAAGCAAAUUCAAGAAAAUCUACUUCAAUUAGCUAGUUCAUUGAGCAUAAUCGACAAAUUAUUGGAUUCUCUUGUAGGACGAGUCGUGUCAUCUUUCCAAACGAGCCCGUGUCCUUCAAUUUCCUCCUCUUCAGAUAGCUUAUCGGUUAACCGUCUAUCGUCAGACACGAGGAGUACCGAGAGCUUAAAGAAUGGUACCUUCAGAACCACUUGGUGGUUCGAGGAUAUUGCGGCAUUACACGCGUAUUUAAUCCAAAAGCUGGUGAAAUUAAUGGUGUCCAAAAACUUCGAUAAUGGAAUUAUUAGUAGAUUUCUAUUUAACUACCAAAAAUCGAGAUUUGCUUCUGCUUCGUCCGUGGAUGAAAGAAUCAGAAUAGUUGAAACGGUUGUUGAGAUGCUCAACUCGUUGGAUACGAGGUCUGUACCGUACAAGAGUUUAUUUGGAAUACUUAGACUCGGAUCGAACCUGAAUUUGAGCAAGUCUUGCAAGGAGAUAUUAGAAAAUAUGAUCGGUUCGCAACUAGAUCUUGCAACGUUGGAUAAUCUGCUCGUCCCAUGUGCAGCUCGAAAGAGUAUGUACCUUUAUGAUGUGAAUUUAGUUAUUCGAUUUUUGAAGUCAUUUACUAGCCGCGGAGCUUGUUGUGUGCCUUUGAGCCGGCUGAAAAAAGUUGCGGGUUUGAUGGAUUUGUAUUUAAAUGAAGUUGCUCCGGACCCACAUCUGAAGCCGUUAAAGUUCUUGGCUCUAAUUAAGGCUCUACCCGAUUCGGCACGAAACACUUGUGAUGGAGUAUACCAUGCAGUAAACUUAUAUUUUGAGGUUCACACCAGCUUGUCCGAAGAACAAAAGAUGAAAGUCUGUCUUGGAAUAAAUUACGAGAAGCUAUCUCCCGAAGCACUUAACCACUUCGCACAAAAUCCGAUUUUUCCUCCAAAAUCCGCAAUUCAAGCCCUCGUCUCACAACAGCACAAGCUCAAGAGCUUGCUCCAAAACACAAAUCAAUCAACAUUUGCCGAUUUUUCUCCCAAACCUAAUUUUGAGACGAAUGACGAUGGAUCCAAGCAGAUUGUACUUUACGCUAAAAGGCUCAGUCUUUGUGACGAAAACGAGAAGCUCAAAGCACAUCUGCAGGGCAUGCAGUGUAGGGUGGUGGAAUUGGAAAAUCUUUGCAGGAAAAUGCAAAACCACAUGAUGAAGAUGAUGAGAUCGAGAGUGCCGAGCCAUAGUAAUGCGAAAUCUGUGCCCAAGCUUUGUUCAUAG